AUGCCGACAACUUGCGGCUUCCCGAACUGCAAGUUUCGUUCGCGGUAUCGUGGACAAGAGGAUAAUCGACACUUCUAUCGUAUACCUAAACGCCCUCAGGUUUUACGGCAACGUUGGCUGCUCGCUAUUGGACGUACAGAGGAAACAGUCGUCAGCCAGCUUCGGAUCUGCUCAGCUCAUUUCGAAGGAGGUGAGAAAAAGGAAGGAGACAUACCGGUGCCAGACCCUACGGUCGACAAACAGCUGAACAUCGAGCUGCCACCCAAGGAAAGCAAAGGCGGCGAAAGGAAACGUAACAAAGGUAAUAGUAGCCGCGAAAAUUGGUCAGGAGUGCAAAAUGUCCUCUUUUAUAUUCAGGCAGUCCUCCAAUAUCAAGGUCGCUUGUUGUACGAAAGAGGCAGCUUCCCGAUUUUUUGA